AUGAGCUAUGCCAAGCCACCCAGUCUCCUACAACUGGCCAUUAGGAGCCUGCUGAGGGAUGAGGAGUUGGCCAUCUCUUCCCUGAAAGACCUGCCUACAAGUCUUUUCCCAUGUCUGCUUCUGGAAGCACACAGUCAGGAAUGCUGGGAGACCCUGAAGGCUCUAGUGCAGACCUGGCCCUUUGAAAGUCUCCCUCUGGGGGCUCUAAUUAAUAAAUCUGACAAAUUUCCUUCUAAUCCAUGUUUCAAAGCUGUGAUGGAUGGACUUGAUAUCCUGCUCAAGCAGAAAGUUUCCUCCAGGUGUGAACUGCAGGUGCUGGACUUAAGCAACACUGGGCAGACUUUCUGGAACAUGAGGGCUGGAGCUGACUUGCCAGUGCAUUCAGAAAAGAGAGACCUCAUAGUGGAGCGACCUUCAAGGCAAGGGAAUGCCAAGCCCUGUCUGGAGGUACUUGUAGAUCUCGACGUCCUUUUGAAUCCUAAAAUGAGUCUUUACCAGCACCUGUUGAAUUGGGCCCAUCAGAAGGAAGGAGUUCACAUUUGCUGUAAGAAGUUGAAAAUAUUUUCACUGGGAGCAAUUCAUGUCCAUAAUUUGAAAGAUAUACCACUGGAUGAUACCCAGGAAUUGGAAAUAGAUUUUUUCUGGCCGACGUUAAUGCCACAAAACUUGAAGUCACUUCUUACAAAGACGAAAAACCUCAGGAGACUCUGCCUGAAUUUCAGCAUACCUGAUGAAAUCUCAGCCAGUGAGUGGGAGAAGUGGUAUAAAGCUUCUAUGGAAUUCAUUUCUGAUUUCUCCCACCUACUUCAUCUUCAAGAGCUGUACCUGGAAUCGCCUUCCUUCCUCCAGGGCCAUCUGAAUGAGAUGCUCAGGUAUCUUAAUACCCCCUUGGAGGUCUUCUCACUCACUAACUGCACUCUUACAGAAGAAGACUUGACUGACCUGUUCCAGAGCCCACACAUCACUCACCUGAAGGACCUGUGUCUGAGGGGAGUCCCCCUGACCUCUGUCAGUGAGCCCCUGCGAGCUCUGCUGGAGGUAAAUGCAGUCACCCUCCAGGACCUGGACCUGGGUCUGUGUGGCCUCCAGGACCCCCAGAUUGAGGCCCUGCUCCCUGCCCUGAGCAGCUGCUCCCAGCUCAUCUCCCUCAGCCUGCAUGGGAACAGUCUGUCUAUAGCCACCCUGGAGAAGCUGCUGCGUUGCACCUCGGGACUGGAACAUUUAUGUCUCCAGCUGUUUCCUGCCCCUCUAGAGAGUUUCAGCCUCCAGCCUGUGGCAUUUGAUUUGCUCUGUACUCAGAUCUCAAAGGUUAUCAAGGACAUAGGACACCCCAGGUCCAUCAUGGUGAGCACUAGUCACUGCUCAACCUGUGCCAAGAAGCUGUUCAUACACGGGGAGCCCAAGAUUCUACCCUGCCUGUCUUGUGCAGAUGACUAUAAGAAGUUGUCUUUUUGA